AUGGCUGGCCAGGGCCGCCUCCAAGGGCGCCGGGGCGGGACGCUGCUGGGCUGUUCUCUGAUCGCGCUCCUGGUCACCGUGGCGGCCUGGCUCUUCUCGGCACACGGAGGCGAAGCCGAAAGCUUUGUCCGGGGCCCUGUAGAGCUGGGCGCGGAGUCGCGGAGCCCGAGCCUGGGCGCCGCAGCCAGCCAGGAGGACAGCGAAGCCGCCCUGAGGGAGCGCGUGGCCCAGCUUGAGCGCAAGCUGGCCGAGAAGCUGCUGGAUCCUCCCGAGGAGGAGCAGGAGCUGCCACCCUCGAUCCUCCAACCCCUGAUCGACCAGGCCGUUCAGGAGGUGCCAGAGUUGCAGCAGGUCGAAGACGCGCGGAUGGGCAUGACGGAGGACAAGAUGUAUGUCUUCGAGAUGGGAAACAAGUCCGGAAAGCAGGCCAUCUACCGGCGGAAGUACGAGGUGCUUGGCAUGGUGUUGACCCAGCAGGAGGCCUACACCAAGGCCGCGCGGCGCGCGGUGAAGCGAGCGAAGGAUUCGCCAGCCGUCGAGGAGCUGAUGAAGUUGAAAAAAGAGGGAGGACUUGGCCUCACCAAGAAGCAGAUGCAGGCAGAAAUGGGGCGGAUGGAGGCGGUGGACAACUUUGCUGCCAUCAUCUUCCGCGACAUCAUCCCUAAGCUUGAGGAGAACCCGCUGGCAGACACGAUCGGAUACCUCAGCGCAACCUUUUUUUUGCUGCUCGUUCUCAUUGCAUUUGGCUUCUGCCUGGUGCCACCGGUUGUGCCGGACGAAUGA